AUGGUGAAUCUGCUCUGCAUUGCUGAUAUCAGACCAAGAAUGAGAGGAUGGUCAGCCCACGUUACUGUUCAGGAAAAGAUGCACGUUGCUUCUUCACAAAAGUCUCCCACAAGAUACCAGAAAUUUGUUUUUGCUGAUGAACAGGGAUCCAGAGUUGAGGGAAUUAUGUUUAAUGCUGCUAUUGAAAAGAUGGGAACAAAACUCCAUGUUUUUAAGAAGUAUCUGAUAUCAAAUGCUGAUGUCAGAGAAAUUGAGGAGCGGUAUCAAACUAAUGGCCUUACGAUGCAGUGGGUGAUAAGCACACAAACUGUUGUUGAGGAGCUUAAUGAACAGGGGAGCAUUGUUUUGCCGUCCGAGUUCGCUCCUAUAAGCUUUAAAGACUUAGCCAGUUAUGCUGAUUCAAAGUCUCAAACUGUUGAUAUUAUGGCCGUAGUUGUUGACGCAAUGCCUGUUGUUCCAAUUAAAAAUGAUUCGCAGGAGUCAUUUGUCCAGAGAUUUCUUAUUGUGAAUGAAGAGAUGGUCCCUACUGUGCUAUCUUUGUGGAAUGCAUUUGUCGAGAAUGAAGGGAAGCUACUUACAGACCACCGCAACAGGCAUCCAGUUGUUAUAUGCCGUAGACUUAAAGUUGUCACGUACAAUGGAAUAGCACUGUCAACAAGAAAUGACUCAGUAAUUGUUGUUGAUCCACCUGUUGGAGAUGCUAGAAGCCUAAAAAAUUGGGCAUCAAGGAAUGACAAGGAAUUACUUGCUCUCCGCCGUGAUAAGCCGUAUAGUAACCAAUCUCCUAAAAUGUUCUACGGCCCUCAACAAAAACUAACUGCUAUACGAGAUGUUUUGCCAACUGAAAAGUGCCGUCGCAUAACUUCAGCUGACUAUGGAUGCACUUAUACUUGCAACCAUUGCAAUGAAAAAUGCCGCUUUGAUAUUGACCUUACUGAUGAAACUGACACGCUUACAGCAUCAGUUUUUGGUGAACAAGCCGAGGCAUUGCUUGGAUUUACUGCUUUACAAGCAAUAGAUUCCUUCAACAAGAAUGAAGACCUGCCUUUAGCUAGGACCCAUGAAGCCUUGAAGAAUAAAAUGUUCAUAGUACAACUUAAACCAGGAAGCACAAGAAAUGAUGGAUCAUAUCAGAACUACACUGUUGUAUAUUAUUUUGAAGAAAAUGCUGAGACUGCCUCUGCUGAGAAUCAGAUGCAUGUUGGUUCGAAAUCUGGGACUGACAAGGAGAGCUACCUUCAGAAUAGUAAUGAUCAGGCUACUUCUUCUGUUGCUUUACCUCCAGAGAAAGAAGAAUUGCCAUCUAAAACACGCCGCUGUCUUCGAAGUAGUUUUGAUGAAUCUGAGGAAGCCACUUCAAAGAAGCAGCGCAACAAAUAG